AUGGCAGCGGAAUUGCAAGACCAGGAGGCUAGCAGAGUCAUGAGUGACAAACUGGGUAACAGCUUGGGUAACGACGAAUUGUUGGAUUACGAAGAGGAAGUUGGGCUGGAAGAAGCCGAGCAAGAGGACGAGGGAAAGCCCAAGAAAAGCGUUACAUUCAGUGGAGUGGAUGAUUUUGAGUCCGAAGAAGAAAAGCGCAAACGCGAGUUUGAAGAGGGUGGUGGACUACCAGAACAGCCUGAGAACCCAGACUUUUCAACGCUAAACCCACUUUCAGCGGACAUUAUUAAUAGACAGGCCACCAUCAACAUCGGUACCAUUGGUCAUGUAGCUCACGGUAAGUCCACCGUGGUGAGAGCCAUCUCCGGUGUUCAGACAGUUCGUUUCAAGGACGAACUGGAACGUAACAUUACCAUCAAGUUGGGUUACGCCAACGCCAAGAUUUACAAGUGCGAUGACCCCAACUGUCCCGAGCCAGACUGUUACCGCUCGUUCAAGUCCGAUAAAGAAAUAAGCCCCAAGUGUCAGCGUCCCGGGUGCCAAGGUCGUUACAAAUUGAUACGUCACGUCUCUUUUGUUGACUGUCCCGGUCACGAUAUCUUGAUGAGUACCAUGUUGUCUGGUGCUGCCGUCAUGGACGCAGCCCUGCUUCUGAUUGCUGGUAAUGAGUCAUGUCCUCAACCUCAGACCUCAGAGCAUUUGGCAGCUAUCGAAAUUAUGAAGCUGAAACAUGUCAUUAUCUUACAAAACAAAGUCGACUUGAUGCGCGAAGAGAGCGCAAUGGAACACCACAACUCGAUUCUCAAAUUUAUAAGAGGUACAAUUGCCGAUGGCGCUCCCGUGGUGCCAAUUUCCGCCCAAUUGAAGUACAACAUCGACGCCGUUAACGAAUUUAUUGUAAAGACCAUUCCAGUUCCUCCAAGAGAUUUCAUGGCCUCCCCACGUCUGAUUGUUAUCCGUUCUUUCGAUGUCAAUAAGCCAGGUGCCGAAAUCGAUGAAUUGAAAGGUGGUGUUGCCGGUGGCUCUAUUUUGACCGGUGUUUUCAAACUAGGUGAUGAAAUUGAAAUCAGACCUGGUAUCGUCACUAAAGAUGAGCAAGGUAAGAUUCAGUGCAAGCCUAUCUUUUCCAACAUUGUGUCACUUUUCGCUGAACACAAUGACCUGAAGUUCGCAGUCCCCGGUGGUUUGAUUGGUGUUGGUACCAAGGUCGACCCUACGCUCUGCAGAGCCGAUCGUUUGGUUGGUCAAGUAGCUGGUGCCAAAGGUCACUUGCCAAGCAUUUACACUGACAUCGAAAUUAACUAUUUUUUGCUACGUCGUUUGUUGGGUGUUAAGACUGACAACCAGAAGCAAGCUAAGGUGAGAAACUUGGACGUCAACGAAGUUCUCAUGGUAAACAUCGGUUCUACCGCUACUGGUGCUCGUGUGGUCGCUGUCAAGGCCGAUAUGGCCAGACUACAGCUGACGUCCCCAGCCUGUACAGAGGUAAACGAAAAGAUCGCUUUAUCAAGACGUAUCGAGAAGCAUUGGCGUCUAAUCGGUUGGGCUACCAUCAAGAAGGGAACUACAUUGGAACCAGUUGCUUAA